CCCGGCCCCAGCCCGCCAGCAGCUGCUUCUGCACUCGGUCCCUGCCGCGAUGCUUUGAGCCGUCCCAAAGACGAACGAGAUGGAGCCGCUGGAAUGGAACAGCAGCUGCAGCAACGGGUCUCUGGUCACCCUUUCAUGCCUUUCCCACCGGGUUGUGUGCCAGGUGAUUGGAGAUGCUGACCCAGCUGACUUUGCCCAGGACAAUGGGACUUCAAAUAACUUCUGGGUAACUCGGCUGGAAAGCAAUUAUGGAUUCUACAUUGGCCUGGGCUUGGCUGUUUUCUCCAGCUUCCUCAUUGGAAGCAGUGUCAUCCUCAAGAAGAAGGGCCUGCUGCGGCUGGUGGAGAAGGGAGGCACUAGGGCAGGAGAUGGAGGCCACGGCUACCUGAAGGACUGGCUCUGGUGGGCUGGAUUGUUAACCAUGGGUGGAGGGGAAGCUGCCAACUUUGCCGCCUAUGCCUUUGCUCCUGCAACUAUUGUCACGCCUCUGGGGGCUCUGAGCGUGCUCAUAAGUGCCAUCCUGUCUUCAUAUUUGCUUGGAGAGCGGCUCAACCUGCUGGGAAAGUUGGGCUGCAUGCUCAGCCUCGUGGGCAGCACUGUGAUGGUCAUACAUGCCCCCGAGGAUGAGGAGGUCACCACUCUGGAUGAAAUGUUGUCUAAGCUGAAAGAGCCAGGUUUCCUCGCUUAUGCUGCGAUCCUCUUGGCUGCUUGCCUCAUCCUGAUCUUCUACCUCGCACCCCGCUAUGGCCAAAGCAACAUCCUCAUCUACCUCACCAUCUGCUCCGUUAUCGGCGCCUUCUCCGUGUCCUCAGUCAAGGGCCUGGGUAUUGCCAUCAAGGGCUUCUUUGCUGGCCAGCCUGUUCUGCAGCACCCUUUGACAUGGAUCCUGGUCGUCACGCUGGUGGCAUCCAUCACUACACAAAUCAACUACCUCAAUAAGUCUCUGGACAUUUUCAACACCUCUUUGGUGUUUCCUAUCUACUAUGUGCUGUUCACCACUAUCGUCGUCACAACUUCCAUCAUCCUCUUCAAGGAGUGGGUCACCAUGACUGUAACUGACAUCAUUGGGACAGUUUGUGGCUUCCUCACCAUCAUAUUGGGGGUGUUCUUGCUCCAUGCCUUCAAAGACAUGGAUGUCAGUUUAUGGAAUCUACCACAAGUUCUUCAGAGUGGAGAGCAAGCUCCGGUCACCCGAGACGACAAGAACAUCCUGAUAGAGGUGGACAACUCCAGCAUCACCCCCGAGGAUAAACCCAAAACACUUGCAUGAACUCAGCAUUACACACCAGCAUCUCAAAUGGAGCUGAGGGACAAGGACUGAAUGGUGCACGCCUGCUAACCAGACUCUGCUCUUCCAUGUUUAAUCACUUGCUCUGCAAAUCUGAGAUGAGGAUAUUGGUGAAUACGGGCAAAACACG